AUGCACGGCAUGGAUAUGAGCUCGAGCAGCGACAGCACCGAGUGCCAAAUCUCCAUGCUGUUCAACUGGUACACAAUAGACGCAUGUUUUCUCUCUACGGGAUGGCAGAUCAAGAAUAACGGCAUGUUCGCCGCUACUUGUAUCGGAAUUAUUCUGCUCGUUAUUCUUGUCGAGGCGUUUCGUCGACUUGGCAAGGAGUACGACACGUUUUUGACCCGCCAAUUUCAGCGCCAAGCCGCGGUGCUCGCUGCCAAGAAGGACAAUUGCGUGACCAGGGCCGAGUCGGUGGGGCUCGGGCUCAAGUUUCGAGUCACGCCUUUGCAGCAGUUGAUGAGGGCUGUUAUACACGCUUUGACGUUUGCUGGUGCUUAUAUUAUUAUGUUGUUGGCGAUGUAUUUCAAUGUCUAUGUGAUUAUAUGCAUUUUUAUCGGGGCUGGAUUGGGCAAGUUUUUGUGUGACUGGAUGGUUGUUACCGUUGGGAUUGAGGGGAUACGUGAGGAGAUUAAGGGAGUGGAAGAGACCACGCCCGCAAUUUACUCCAACAAAAUCAUCGAGUCCGCAUCACAGCCCGAAUCAAACAUACACACCACCAUGUCGUGUCUACCCCAACGCUGCGCCCGGCAGCUCAUCCGCGAGCCCUUCCAGCGCGGCUCAUUACCUCUCUUCCUCACCCCGGCCUUCUCCCCCUCCCGCACACAAUGCUUCUCGACUUCAUCGCCGAUGCAAUCCCGAGUCGGCGGCGCCGCGAUCUCCGUUCCCCCCGAGGUGUCAUUGAACCUGGUUGAUAUCCCCAAGUCUGCGACCCGGGUUCGCGGAAAGGAUGUGCCGAAGUUUACGGCUGAGAUUAAGGGGCCUAAGGGAGAGAUGUCUCUUACUAUCCCCUCGUUCUUGGAUGUGAACUACGAUGCGGCAAAUUCGAAAGCUACGCUGUCUGUUUCGGACUCGGAGCAGCCUCACCAGCGGGCGAUGUGGGGCACGACGCGCGCACUCCUCCAGAACCACAUCAUCGGCGUCUCCGAAGGUCACAUCUGUAUUCUCAGUAUGGUCGGUGUCGGUUACAGGGCUACCAUCGAGUUCAAGGCCACCACCGUGACUGCCUCCUAUCCCGGCCAGCAAUUCGUCUCUCUGAAGGUCGGCUUCUCCCACCCCAUUGAGCUGGGCAUUCCCGAGGGUAUCAAGGCCAGCACACCCCAGCCCACCCGCAUUCUCCUGGAGGGCGUCGACAAGCGCAAGGUGACGCAGUUUGCUGCCGAGAUCCGUGAAUGGAGACGGCCGGAGCCGUACAAGGGCAAGGGUAUUUUCGUCAAUGGCGAGACUAUCAAGCUCAAGGCGAAGAAGAUUAAAUAG